AUGGGAAGCAGCGUUUCGAAGAUUGGAUGUAAACGAGAAGGCGGCUAUGCUGGUGGUGGUGGCAGUGGUCGACACCAUAAACGUAAAACGAAUACAGUGGAUAAAACAAGUAUCGGCAUCCCUACAGGCUUUAGGCAGCAUCAAAAGAGCUCUGGUAUUCCACCCACAGAACAGUUAAAGACACAAUUAGCUGAAAUCACACAACGUUUGCAAGAAGUCAAUGUUCAUAUUCCACCGCAACCACAACCACAACCACAACCUCGCUCUGCAGGGGCUGCUGAUCCUUGUGACGUAUCAGCAAAGAGUCGCAGUGACUUGGAGCAAUUGUGUAUGGAUAAACCCAAUUACAACAUGUCAUUGAUGAAAUGCUAUGUGGAACGCAAGAUUGAUGCCCAAGUGCAAAAGCAUGCCCAUGCACGUAGGCGAUCAAAAAGUUGUAGUCAAGCAUAA